GUUGUGUCAAACACGUUCAAGUAUGGCAUUGCUCUUUUGCGAUUUCCCGAACAGAAACGGAAAACAGAAACGGGAUUAUACUUAUUGAACUUCGUCGGUUUCGUGGAAUAAGUGGUUUUAAGCGUUUAUAUCGACCUGACUACGCAUUGGUUUCCUUGUGAUGUUUCUGGCUGUAAAGGAUGGCUUGCAUUCAGUAUAUUCUCGCUGCUCAAGAGCAAUCAUCUACUUUAUGUAGCAUAGGACCAUAAAUUAAAAGCUCAGUGUGCUAAAUGUAUAUACCAUAUGUGUAAAAGCAAACCAAAAAGUGAUAAGGUAAACCAAAAGCCAAGUCCAAAGUUUAAUGAACAGAGAGAAUCAUGACAUUGUGAAUCCAGAUUAUAACACGUUUCUGGAAGCUGGACGACAGCCAUGGGCAAGGAGCAGGACCUUCUUCUGGCUGUGAAGAAUGGAGACCUUCCUUUAGCUCAUAAACUUCUGGCCAAGAUCAAGACCAACCGAAACAAGUUGCUGGGCUCCACAAAGAGGCUAAAUGUGAACUACCAAGACCAAGAAGGUUUUUCAGCUCUUCAUCAUGCGGCUCUCACUGGCACCACUGACCUCUUGUCUCUGCUGUUGGAGGCACAAGCCACCGUGGACAUCAAAGACAGCAAUGGUAUGCGUCCACUGCACUAUGCUGCCUGGCAGGGGAAGGCUGACUCUGUACUUAUGCUCCUGAGAGCCGGAGCUUCUGUGAAUGGGGCUUCACAAGAUGGACAGAUCCCUCUCCACCUGGCUGCACAGUACGGACACUAUGAGGUGUCUGAAAUGCUACUACAACACCAGUCCAACCCCUGUACUGUCAACAAGGCCAAGAAGACCCCUCUGGACCUGGCCUGUGAGUUUGGCAGACUCAAGGUGACCCAGCUGUUGUUGAACAGUAACAUGGUGGUAGCUCUCUUAGAGGGGAACGGCAGGGAUAACACCCCCCUGCAUCUUGCUGCCUGCAAUGGUCAUAAGGACAUCAUCAGGCUGCUGCUAAAAGCUGGGAUUUACAUCAACAGAACCACUAAAUCCGGAACGGCUCUACACGAGGCUGCCCUCUAUGGGAAAACGGAAGUAGUACAAUUAUUGCUUGAUGCUGGGAUUGAUGUGAACAUCCGCAACACCUACAAUCAAACAGCCCUGGACAUUGUGAACCAGUUCACCACUUCACAUGCCAGCAAAGAAAUCAAACAACUCCUUAGAAACGCUAGCGGAGCAUUGCAGGUGAGAGCUUUGAAGGACUACUGGAAUCUCCAUGACCCAACUGCACUCAACAUCCGGGCAGGAGAUAUAAUCAUGGUCUUAGAGCAGCAUAUGGAUGGACGUUGGAAAGGACACAUCCAUGACAGUCAGAGAGGCACUGACCGUGUGGGAUUCUUCCCUCCCUCCAUCGUGGAGGUCAUUAGUCGCAGAUCAGGGGGCGUUCUCUCCCGGCAGGCCUCACUACCCAUCCAGAGACAUCACAUUCUGUCCAGAGCCCUGUCCUCACACAGUUCUCAUCACACCUCUCACACUGACGACUCCUACACCUUAUACUCAUCCACACGUCCUGUACUGACUCACCACAAUGGGCUGGAUCAGCACCCAGGUGCGAUUCCCGACAGUCCCAGUGCCCUGUGUAAGCCAGCUAGUCCCAAAGAGCCAGAGGAUAUUUGGGUCCUCAGGACCUCUCUUAAUGCAGGUGACAGGAACAGUGUGGGCAGUGCAGGCAGCAUGGGCAGCAGUCGCAGUGCUGGCAGUGGACAGAGCACUGAGGGAAACUUUCCACACAAUGGACCCAAUCAGUCACCUUCUGCUGUCCAGGACACCACCAAGCUGCCUCCCUCUGCUGGAGAACUGGUGGAACAGUGCAGUCAGGCCCCUGACCCCGCAAAACAGACGGACCCUCUUUCAGGUGCUCUUGGACGGAGGAUUCCACUGAGCAGCUCCAGACCUGGAGAACAACAUGUCAUACACCCACAGCAACUUCUGGAUGGCAAGGAUGCUGAGGCUAUUUACCAGUGGCUCUGUGAGUUUCAGCUUGAGCAGUACACAUCUAAUUUCCUCACAGCUGGCUAUGAUGUGCCCACAAUCAGCAGAAUGACCCCUGAGGAUCUCACCGCUAUUGGCGUUACAAAGCCUGGCCACCGCAAGAAGAUCUCCAUGGAGAUCGGCAACAUGAAUAUCCCAGAGUGGUUGCCAGAUUACAUUCCAUCUGAUAAUGGGAAAUGGCUCAGUGCUAUUGGGCUGCCACAAUACCAGAAAAAGCUAGCAGAGAAUGGAUAUGACUCAAUCAACAUAGUGCAGGAUAUCACAUGGGAGGAUCUACAGGAAAUUGGCAUCACUAAGCUGGGCCAUCAGAAGAAGCUGAUGCUUGCUGUUAAGAAGCUCAGUGACGUCCAGAAGGCACGUAAGAACCAGGCCGAGGGGCAGGCAUUGCUACAGCGCAGGAGAGCUCCUCCCACCCUCGAGCUGGUGGCCAUCGAGCAUCACGACAGCUCCGAAUGCCCCUCGUCACCUCUAUCACCAAAGAUGCUCACCUUCCAGGACAGUGAGCUGAGCGUUGAGCUACAGAACGCCAUGGCUCGCAGCGGACACGGUGGAGGCCAAGAUGGUUUCGGAAACAUGAGUGGAACAUCCAUGCGUCUUAGUCAAGAAAGCAUCGGUACACGGUCAGGAGGGUCAGGACGGUCGCAAGAACGUCCAAUGGCAUCGGUAACCCCCAACAGCCGCUCACAAGAGAGCCUAGGCAGUAUGGACAACAGUCCCAGCAAGGAAUCUCAGGAUAGAAGCCAAAUAUCACCUGUAAAAAUGGCACCAGUGUUGCCGCUACAGCAUCAUCACCCCUCAUCUGGCAGUCCAGUAAGGACGCCACCCAUAACUACUAGUAAAAUAGCACGUUUCGCAUAUCCACCCGUCCUCACCAAACCUAGACCGGUGGUUUCUCCCUCUCAGCCCCAUCAUGGAUCACCUCAUCAGAGGGCCUUCAACUACCUGCAGCAUCAAAACUGCUAUGCCAACAUGGGAAGCCCAAGUCCAAUCAGAGCCCCGCAGCCAAACGGGGACCCGUCCCGGUCCAAAAAGCGCACUCAGAGUCUUUCACGCUAUGCUAUGUCGGAUGGAGAGAAUGAAGAAGAUGACAUCUCAGCCCCUAUGACAACAACCGCCAAUGUGGCGUCUUAUGCCACACUCACUCGCAAGCCAGGCCGCAGCCAACCAUCUUACAGUUCCAGUGAGCGCCAAGUGGGCCGCAGUCAUUCCUUCGCCAUACGUGCCAAGAGGAAAGGUCCUCCUCCUCCCCCUCCAAAGCGACUAAGCUCUGCCCCAAGUGGGGCAACUGCAAGUGGGGUUGAAAUGGAGAGCGCAGGAAGUGUCAGAAGCAUUGCAGCCAGGCUGGAGAACAAUACAGGAAGCCCCAACAAGGCAUGUAACAGCCUUGUUUUUAAAGCCAUGUCCCCAGCCAUCUCGCCAAAAAAUAUGGAAAACCGUAGGAGGACCACUAGUGAAUCUUCAACGUAUGAAACGAAGCAUGGUGGAGAAAAUCCUGCUGGUGAAAACCUCAGCCCUCUGAGGAACCAACAAAGUUCAACAUCAUCACAGGAGAGCAUACCUUUCGCAGAAGAGGGCAAAGUUACCAUCAAACAAAGGACCAAAAUAACAUCCGCUAAGAUAGAGUCUGAGGCCGCUGUUGAAAUUCUGAAGCCGGUGCAAUCUAUCAAAUCAUCCCUAGAGGUGCCGGAGUUUAACUUAAAGGAAUCAGACACAGUCAAAAGGAGACACAAGCCAAAAGAACUGCAGAUGAAAGGUCAGGGCAGCAGCAUGCAAAUAGGAAAUGAGAGGGCCGCUGAGACUGAGAUGGUCUCGCAAUGCAUGCAGAAUGGUGGAUUGACAAAAAAUCCUUAUAAAUCUAGCCUCUCUCCGAAACCAGGCUCUCCACAUAAACCUCCCACCCCUUCUAAGCCCACACGCCAUUCUUCUGCAGCAAACUCAGGAGUGACAGUCAGUGUCGUACAGAGCGUGGCCUUUGCCGUCUCACCUCCCUGUAGUCCUCUGGCUCGCUGUCCACCAAACAAAGCAGCUCAAGGUCAGUCUGUACUGGCAGGAAAGCCACAGGCUGUGACGGAAGGCCAGAACGUGCUGGUCCACAAACGACUUGAGCAAACCAGCACGUCUCUCGAGGCAGCACUUAAAGUUGUGGAGAAGAAGUUGGCUCAGGAAGAUCCAGCAGACAGGGGCAUUAACACAGUGAAGUCAGCUGGGAACAUUCUUGAUGAUAUAGGGAACAUGUUCGAUGAUCUUGCUGACCAGCUGGAAGCCAUGUUGGAUUGACCUACUGUAAUUCCUACAGGUAUAACCUUCGUGUGGGGCCUUCACAUGCAGCAUCUGGAUGUUUCAGACAUGCAGUGUCUAACUUCUCACACUUUGUUUACGCACUUC